AUGUACAAAGUCUCUACACCUCCUUGGAAAGAAACUUACAGGAAGAAAUGUUUUGAAAGGUUGCGGAAGAGUCGGGAAAAGCUUUUGUCAAAGUUCCGUCACAUUGAUUCCACAGAACAGGAGACAGAUUUUGGUCAUGACUUAAUCAAAGACAUAAUGAGCAGAGAAUGGAGAACACUUUGGGAUGAGGAAACAGAAAUGACCAAAGUAGCAGAUCUUCCUCUUGAUAUUUCUUUCAUUCCUCCUGAAGAAAAUGAAAAUAUUGACAGACUUUUAAAAAUAUUUGAGGAUAUUGAAGAAGAACUGAAACUGGAAGAAUUGAAAAUACUUGAAGAGUUUGAAAGUUAUGAAGAAGGUCUUCUGCUUGAAGAAAAAUCUCUUUGUGAAGCUUUUGAAGCUCUUUCAGCUGAUGAAGUCAUUUGUCCAAUCUGUAAACUAAAUCCUCUUCAUGAAAAUAAAAGUAUUAUUUUCUGCAAAUGUGGUGUUCGUAUAAACACAGAGCAAGAUGGGCUAACUUUGUCCAAUGUGAAACAGAUGCUGAAGGAUGGUUUGGAAUUGCAUAACUAUGCAUGUCAAACAGAACCUGAAUUCUCCACCCUGUCUGUGUUAGGGACUACCAACCUCUUCAUGACCUGUAAGGACUGUGAUAUGAUGCAUAGAAACAUGACUUCAGAGAUUUACUAG